AUGAAUGCCUGUUUGCUCUCUCUGCUGUGCCUCCUGGGUGCCUUGGCUGUCCUGGUAGAGGGGGUCACUGUGCAGGAUGGAGACCUGUCCUUUCCUCUAGAGUCAGUGAAACAGCUUAAGGACCUCCAGGAGGUACCGGAGCCCCUGCUGGUGAAUCACAAGAAGUUUGCUCCCAGGCUUGCUGUGCCUGUGGCACCACGACUGUGCAGCCACGCUGCAUUUCCAGAAGCGCUGAAGCCCCUCUGCAAGAAGCCCAAUGCGGAGGAGAUCCUGAAGAAGCUAAAGGCCAUUGCUCAGGACCCAAACACAUGUGAGAUCUGCGCCUACGCCGCUUGCACUGGUUGCUAG